GAUGAGAUUAUUCUUAUACGUUUCUUACUAAUAAUUCAUUGAAUUUGAAGCUAUGGAGAUUGAAAUUGCAGGGUUUAUUUUAGUGUCUUUUCUGUGGGCUUUAUGGGUCUGGCGCCGCCGUGGAGCGGCGGAGGAGACGGGGCAGCUUCCGCCGGGGCCGCCGCGUUGGCCGGUGGUCGGAAACUUGCCCCAACUCGGCUGGUCCGCUCACGAGUCGUUCACUAAACUCGCCGCGAAGUACGGCCCAAUCAUGAGCCUCCACCUCGGAUCCAUGAGCACGGUGGUGAUCUCAUCAAGCGAGGCGGCGCGUGAGAUGUUCAAGAACCACGACGCGCCGCUCGCGGGGCGGAAGAUCUACGAGGCAAUGAGGGGGGACCACGGCACGGAAGGCUCCGUGAUCGCGUCCCAGCACGGGCCACACUGGCGAAUGCUAAGGCGUUUACUCACGACGGAGUUCUUCGUCACGCGCCGCCUGGACGCCACUCAGAACGUCCGGCGGCGGUGCAUUGACGCGAUGCUGCGGUUCAUGGAGGAGAGCAGCGGCGGCGGCGCGUGUGGAAUCGACGUGGGAAAAUUAAUCUUCGUAAUGAGCUUCAAUUUAAUCGGAAACCUGAUAUUUUCGAGAGAUCUUUUGAACCCCAAUUCGAAGAGAGGAAACGAAUUUUACUACCACGCGAGGAAGGUGAUGGAGACGGCCGGAAAACCGAACGUGGCGGAUUUUUUGCCGUUUUUCCGGCGGGUGGAUCCGCAGGGGAUUAGGAGGAAAACGCAGUUUCAUGUGAACAAGGCGUUCGAAAUCGCCGGUGAGUUCAUCGGAGAGAGAUUAUUGGCCGGGGAAGAUGGCCGGAGAGGGAAAAAGGAUUAUUUAGAUGUGCUUUUGGAAUUUCGCGGCGACGGCGAAGAACAGCCCUCUUCUUUCUCUUCCUGGAUCAUUAACGUUAUCGUCUUCGUAAGCCAAUAUUCAUUUAAUUCCUUUUUUCACUCCAUGAUCAAAAAUCAAAUACUUUCUUAUUUAAGGAUCAGCCAGCAUUAUGACUUUCUUCCGUUCGGCUCCGGCCGCCGCAUGUGCCCGGCGGUGCCGCUGGCGGCGCGGGUGCUUCCGAUGGCUUUGGGCUCGUUGAUUUUGGCGUUUGAUUGGGCUCUGCCGGACGGAGCUACGCCGGAGGAGAUGGACAUGUCGGAGCAAAUGGGGAUUACUCUUAGAAAGGCGGUUCCUCUUGUGGCCGUUCCAGUACCUCCUAAACGACGUCGUUUCUAGUGAAAUAAAACUAAAUUGUAAGUUGUAACUUUCCCUUUUGUAUUAAUAGAAGAUAAAAAGGAAAAUGUAAACUUUUUGCUUUCAAUGUUAAACUUUUUAAUACAAUGUUUAUUC